AUGAAAAUAGAACGACAAAGAGGGAAAUAUGUUGCUAAUUGUGGCUUUGUUAACGAGACAGACGUUGAAGAGAUCUUGGCUUUGAUAGGACUGCUUUCUUUGACAGGUUGUAGAAAAGACAAUCAUCUAACUACAGCAGAAAUGUGGUCAAAGCAUGGACCAGAAGUGUAUCGAUGCGUAAUGAGUGAAACAAGGUUUAGAUUUUUGAUAUCUUGCCUCAGAUUUGACGUCAAAACCAUGAGAGACCGAGAAGAUAAAUUUUCUCCAGUACAAGGAGUAGGUUCGUCAAGGUGGAAGGCUCAGUCCCUAUUGUUCAUAAUAUUUAUGGAUGACCUGAUAAAACGAUGCAGGCAAACAAUUUUUGUUGGAUACAGGAAGUCGCAAAAGGUGGAACUAGAAGAAAGCGCAUUUGCAGAUGAUUCGGUGUUGGUAACUGUUCGAAAUGGUUACUCGUGCGUACCUGUGGCUUUGGCAGAAGGGCUCGACAUCAAGCUUAAUGCGGCCGUAAGGAAGGUAGAAUAUAACCACAGAGGCGUGGAAGUUACAGUUUACAAUCCACGGAAUCCAUCUACUACAAACACAUAUCAUGGUGAGUGA